UCCCCUUUCUCUGUACACAUCUGUCUUUCAACAUCUACGCCAAUAGUAGAGAGAGAGAGAGAGAGAAAGAGAGCCCAUGGAGGAAGCAAUGGUUAUUCUUCAAGACCAGAAACAGAGCUCCUCUUACCCACUGCUACAGCCUCCGCCGCAUAAGGGUAUGAAAACCGAAAAGCAGCUUGGACAAAAACCUCCAUGCUUUCAACCCACGACUACAAGCAAUGUGUUGAAUGCUAAUGCUAAUCCCAUGAUGUUUAAAUGUCGUAAACGAAAGGCCCCUGUAAGAGUUACAGUAGAAAGCUUAUACAAUAGUUCCCAAGCUCAGUCUUCUGUUUUGGAAAGAGCAAAGAAGAUCGAAGCAAGCCUAGAUCAUAAGUUUCCUUCACUGCUCAAAGUUAUGAUGCCAUCAGAAGUGUCUGGAGGAUUCUACCUUAAUCUUGCUAAGAAAUUUUGCAGUGAAUAUAUGCCAAAACAAGAUUCAAUGAUUGUUUUGGAAGAUGAAAAUGGGAAGGAAUUUGGAACGAAGUAUCUUGUGGAGAAGGGUGGACUGAGUGGUGGAUGGAGAGGGUUUUCAAUUACUCACAAGAUAAUGAAGGGAGAUGUUGUGAUUUUCCAUCUAGUCACUCCUUUCAAAUUUAAGGUAUAUAUCAUUAGGUCAAAUGAAGUGAACUGGAGUCUUCCUCUUAUGAGGGUAGAUCCUCCCAUCAGACAGAUGGAUACCGGAGGCUUUACUGCAUGUGGAAAGGAAGAACGUGAGAAUUUGGAACCUAAUCCGCAGGAGAAUGCAAUAGUCUAUUAUACGGACUCUGGUCCAACAUCAGAUCAGUCUGGAAAUGACGGCGAAGAUGUUGGUUCCGAAUUUCUGGAUGGUCUUAGACUUUCAGAGUCUGUUGUCACUUUUAAAGAAGUGCACUGUUUGGACAACUUUAACGUUCAGGUCAAUGGUUUAAUCAUAAACUCUGAAUUUUCGAAAUACGUCCUGACCAAGUAUUAUGAGCUUUGCUGCAGUCAGAACUCCUUCCUUCAUGAACAACUUCUCGAGGGUCUGAACUGCAAACUGAUUGCCGGAGUAAUUUCUGAGACAGUCAACAUUGCAGAUGCCAUCAGGGCCUGCAAGAUCACUACCCCGGAAGAUUAUCUUUCGACUUGGGAUAACACUCUGAAAGCCUUUGGUGAUUUAGGCAUGAAUGUCCAUUUCCUGCGUGCCCGCCUGGACCAGCUUACAAGUCUUGCUUCAAAAUCAAAAAGACUUGAGGCAAAUGUUUUGCAAGUGAAAGAGGUCAUGAAUAGUCUUGACUCUGAGAUUGAGACUCCGAACACGAGUUUAGAGGAGCGGGAAAUUCUGUUCCAAGAAAUGGCUAAAGCCCCUUGGUGAUGAGAAAACUUGAAAGAAUCUGGUUACUCUUUUUGGAUAUAACUUAAAAGAUAUGAUGCCAAAGCUAGGUGAGGAAGAAAUGCGCAUCUUGUGCCGUUAUCACUCAGCAUUUUGGGUUUUUAUAUAGAUGGUUGUUUUAUGCCAGUGCUGCAGAGAUUUUGGGUAAUUUCUCUACAGAAUUGUGUGCUUUGGAGGCAUCAGUAGCUAGUCGGGAGGAAUGUUUUACCUUCUGAUUUUCUCUUUGGCAAUUUCCAGCAUUGGAAUGUAUGAUAUAGAACCCGGUCUGGAGGCAUCAGUUAUAUCCUCCUCCGUUCGAUUAUAAAUUUCAAUAUUCAGCCGUA